AUGCUAACAUCAAUUGGUGUUUUUGGACCAGGAGAUAAUGUUCCACUGUUUAAGGAAAACGAUGGUCCAUCCGGUCAAGCGUUAGCAGCAGAUGGAAGUUCAAGUCUGAAGAAACAAUUCAAUACCCCGGAAUUGAGGGUCAAGUAUUACAUGCUAUACUUCAACAUCGUAUGCGGUCGAGACUUCAUAGCACAUGCUUCGAUGUUAUCUUCCAGUAUUGCACCUUAUGUUAAAAUUUGCCACUUUGGUAUGGAAGAACAAACACGUAUAAUAAAAGAUACACCGGAUCCAGAAUGGCAAACAACAAUAUAUGUCCCGUGCAUGUCCCCUUCAUUCGAUGAGCUGGUGACUAUUGAGAUUUGGAACGGUGAAACUGGUGGGAUACUGUUGCAUGUAGAAUCCAUAGACCUCUUGCAUCUCUUUAACAAUGAAUAUGCUCCUAGGUGGAUCAACAUUUACUGUAGACCAACCGCUUCAGAUGUUUUGAAUAUUGUAAAAAGUUAUGUUGUUGGUUCUGUUGGUGAAUUGACAGAUUAUGGAGGAAGGAUUUUAAUUAGUGCCUCUGCAACUCAAGUUCAAACCCCUUCUAUAAAGGGAAUCCGACCUUGUAGGUCUACUGUUGUACCUCCAAUUCAACAGAGAAGAAUUUGGAUAGAUUUGUACGAAAUUGUUGCACUAUCUGAUACUCCAAAUAUUAUCCAAGUUGUAAUAUCUCAUGGUCCGUAUUUAGUGAAGACCGGCAAAUUAGUUUUCAAUCAGCAUGGAUCUUACAAGAUUAAUGAUAAGAAUGGACGAUUGGAACCCCUAGAACCUGUAGUUUCAAGUAACGACGACAGUGACAUGUGGGACAUUUUUGUCUACGUAUACGAUGUUUCUGACUGGGCCAGUAACAACAGUGAACGUAUAGCUUGGAAGAGGAUUCCAUAUGAACGUGUAAAGACUCUUGAUGGGAAACCAAUGUGGGUUUUACUAUCCUCUUGCACGGAUCAUAAACUGGAUACCUUUAACAUGCUAAUAUCUUUUGAUGUUGCUGCAAACAUCAAUACAGCUGUCAGGAAGGAGCGACUAGAGUAUUCUCUUACAAAGUAUAUUUUUCGUACCAUGUUAUACGAGGCUCUUCAUUUACCAUGCACGGACUUUGAUAAUUUUCUAAACUGUUCUGUAGAGAUUGAGCUUGGAGGAUACACUGUAAAAUCCAAAAUUGUCAGAGGGACAAUCCAUCCCUCGUUUUAUGAAGCAAAAGAAAUGCAAGUAUUGCUGCCUACAAAUUUAGUAUUGGCACCAUGUAUAAUAAUAAAUGUUUUUUCUGAGUCAAAUUCAAUCUUUGGCUCCAAGGAACUUUUGUGCACUGGACAAUAUAGUCUAACAAAAGUGCCAGAGGAGUGGAAAGAAGCUCCUAAAUGGAUAAAAUUAAAGUCAACAAACAAUCCGCUACACACUCCGCGGAUAUUACUAGCAUUUGAACUAAUUUUACACGAAAAGUACAGGGCAGACCCUGGGAAAUAUCCCUUCUUUGAUGACAUUGUUCCUAGUACGGUACCUUCUCUAAUUUCACUACUUUUGAUUGGCAUAAGAACAUUUAAACCGCUGAAUAAUCCCAGAGUUUCUAUUAGAUGUGGAACAUCUACGAAGUUGUCCAAUAGGCCAUUUGAAAGUAAACCAGUAACUGGAUGCUAUGGGAACUGGAACUAUCUCUCAAUUCAUGAAAUUAUUGCGAAUCUCCCAAAACGUAUGCAACACCAUUGCUACUUGGAGUUUUCCAUAAUGGGUGAUACUAUUUCUGGGAGUAACACAUGUUUUGGAAUCACAUACGUUGCACUCAACUCCUUUUUGCCAUGGCUCACAUCUGAUGAGAGAAAUACCUCCUGGAAGGUAUUUAAAAUGCAAGUUUUAGAGGACUUUCUUGCCACAGGUGAACAUGCAGAGAAACCAGAAUUUCAGGAUAAAAAGGUCAUGAGUGACAUCGCCGCAAUGAAUACAAAAGUUUUGGACAAGAUAGAUUUUGUAUCGGUCCAGAGGGCAGGAGAAGCCGCACUUCCUGUAGAUUCUGAUGAAGAAGAUGCAUUUGAAAUUCAUAUUCCAGAAGAAGACGCUGUUGUGGCAGAGAGAGACGAGUUGCCGUAUGAAAUGGAGUGCGAUUUCGCUUCUGAGGACCUACCAUAUAUGAAAGCACCAAUCGUUCGAUGUACCAGUGCUGGAGUCCCAGAAAUUGUGGGAACUUUAAAAUUCAUUUGUACAGUUCACGAAGGUGUAAACGAUGAUAUAAAGAGAGAUUUAAAUAUAAAAAUGAAGGAACAUAGGAACAAACUGAUUGAACUCUACAAAAAGUCAAAGGAACUUGUAGUAAGAGUUUAUGCAUUGCAAGCAAAGGGCCUCUUUACGGCUUCCGGAUCUGCAGAUAUUAGCACAUACUUGUGGCUGAGAAAUGUGGAUGAUGAGAAUCACAAUCCUGGUUAUUACCACAACAGUCUCAGGGAUAAAGAGGGAUCUAGAGUUGGACUAAAGCCAACCUACAACAGGUGCUACAACAUGGGCUGUGCACUUCCAGAGAAUGCAAUACUGAAACUUAGUGUAGUUAGCAUGGGUGCCCUUGCAGACGAAAUUAUUGGCACAACUUUUGUUGACUGUGAAGACAGGUUUUUCAUUGACAAUUUACAGAAACUUAUGGAAAAUGACGCUACUCCUAUUGAGUUGCGUACGCUAAAGAGUGAAAAUAGUACUAUAUCGCAUGGAACACUAAAAUGUUGGAUUGAAUUGAUGGACAUUCAAACGGCAAAAACGAGACCUGCAAAGAGUUUGGAGACUCUUGAACCUGGAAAUUACGAGAUUCGUAUAGUAAUUUGGGGUGCAAACCUAUUUAGCAUGAAUGAACGAUCGACUGUAUCUCUAUGCGUUUGUGGAGUCUACCAAGCAGAGCACCAAGAAAUUCGCAAAUCCACAGAUAUUCAUCAUCACAGUAAAGAUGGGAGUGCGGUGUUCAAUUGGCGCCUAAAGUAUGAUGUUGCUCUUCCGACUGAAUAUUCGACUAUUAAGCUACAACUAUGUAGUUCCGGCUUGCUCUCCAGCAAUGAACUAAUUGGGGAAGCAAUUAUAGAUUUGGCACAAGACUUUCAGAUUGUUCGUAGAAAAAAGAAUCCUCACACUAUAGCACGAUCUGUAGUUAGUGUUUAUCACGUUUCACACGGAAACCAACAGAGGGGAAGCAUUGACAUGCAGAUAUCCAUCAUAUCUGCAUCUCAAACCAAAGAGUACCCGGCUGGAGAGGGGAGAAGUGAACCAAACAUGAAUCCGUUUUUGCCUCCGGUGCUGGAGAAUAGGACAUAUGUAGACUGGGAUCAGGUAAAACAGACGUUGGACAGUGCGGGGGGAGCAAUUUUGUCUGGACUAAAGAUUACGGGUUUGUUUAUUGCCUUUGCGGCAUUCUUCGCCUUGUUUUUGUUGAUAAUGAUAAUUAUAAAGUAA